AUGAGCGGCCCCGCAGUAGGCGGCCCCGCGGCCGUUUCCUUCCCCGCCCAUCAGCAGAUGUGCCCUGCCCACCAGCAGCAGUGUCCCGCCCACCAGCAGUGCGCCGCCGCGCUGCUGCACCGACCGAAGUUGGGAUGCACGAGGGGCGGGGCGAUGCCCUCGGUGCACGGUCGCCCCGCCUCCGCCGGGGGUGGGGCGGCGGGGGGUAAGGCGCGGCUCGGGAGUCACCAGAGGAACCUGAGCUUGGACUUCAGGUCGAUGGGCAUCCUGCUGCCCCCCGUGCCCCAACUCGCCGCCGCCGCCCCCCCUGCCAACCACCACACCACCCACCACCGCAACCGCAGCCUGGACUCCGCCCUGCAGCGCAUCCCCGAAGUGGACGUGACGCCCAGUCCGGAAGCGGAGACGGUCGCGACGGCCGCCCUUUGCGUGGGGGCGGCCCCGGAUGCCGCCCCCAAGCCGGACGAGCUCGCCAGCCUCGGGUCGGACGAUUCGGGGAUCAUGUGCGGAUCGGAAACUGGGUCGGGCGGUACCCGCGAGUCCAGCGUGGAGUUCAUCGACCAGGCGACCGCCCCGGCCGAGCGAGAGGUCGGGCGGCCGGCUGCCCUCGAGCCGCCCAAAAGCACCGGCAUGCUGCGGCUGCUCGAGAGCAAAGUCUUCGACGUGUCGAUGGCGAUGCACUAUCUGUUCAACAGCAAGGAGCCGGGCGUGCUGUGCUACAUCGUGAACAAGCUGUUCAGCUUCGCCGAUCACGAGGUGGACUUCUAUCUGCCGCAGCUGGUGUGCAUGUACGUGCAGAUGCACGAUGUGGCCGAGGUCGUGCAUCGGUAUCUCAUCCAUAGAUGCCGGAAAUCCAUCGACUUCUCCCUGAAGUGCGCCUGGCUCCUCGAGGCUUUCAGCGGCGACGCCACCAUCCCCACCAAAAAGAAACCUCACGGCACUCGCCUGCGCGACCUCAUCCUCUCCGACGAGCUCCGGCCCAAACACCACCAGGUGUCCGCCCUCGUGACGACUGUCAUAACCUCGCCCAACGUCGACAGGCUGAAGAAGUCGCACCAGCGGUCGCACAGCGACGCUUCAGCGCUGCUAGGGGCGGACGGCGCGCAGAAGCGUGGGCAGGCGAGAAGCGGGGCGGUCGGCUCGGGCAGUGCGGCGCGUCUGUGCUUGGGCGAUCUCAGCUCGGGCAGGGCGUUCGACAGCGGGUGCGCGUGCUUCGAGAGCUGCCGCGGCGUCGUCAACGAUUUGAGGGGAGAGAAGACUGAAUGCACGUGUUCGGCGCCGAGACUGACGCCCGAGCUGGAAUUCCUGCGCGCGCUCAUCCUCAUCGGCAAGCUGCUGGGCUCGAUCCCGACGCGCGAGGCGAAGACCACCCGAUUGGUCGCCGAGUUGACCACGCUCAACCUCAAUCUGCCGGCGCGCGUGUGGCUGCCCCUUCACACUGCCCACUUCGUCGUCAGGAUACCGCCGCAGGUGGCCGCCGUGCUCAAUUCCAAAGACAAGGCGCCCUACAUAAUCUACGUGGAAGUGGUGGAAGUCGAUGACAUCGAAAGCUCGCCCGUCCCGACCAAGAUAAUGCCCACCCUGCGGCACACCAGGUCAGAGGAGAAUCUCAAGCACGAGACGACGUCCCUCUCGGCGUUCAGCGCAUGCGGCGGCUGCUACGACGAUCUGGACGCCGAUUGGAGCCAGGAGGACGACGAAAUAUCGCAACAGUACACUCAACUGAAGAAGCCCGUGGAUAGGGACACGAUUUCGCAGAUGAGCCAGGAGUCUUGCGAUUCCCGAGAACCGCCCCUCUCUAUUCCCGCCAGCGAGAUACGGAAGCGACUCUCGGACUUUUUCUACGACGAAAAGAGCCGGAAGUUCACCCACGAUCCCGAAGAUCCGUCAGCGGCUGUCUUGAAAGAACCGUGGCAGGAUAAGGAACAAAGGAUCAGAGAAAGCUCCCCGUACGGGUAUCUAUCCAAUUGGAAGCUGUUGUCGGUGAUAGUAAAAUGCGGGGAUGAUUUGCGGCAGGAACUAAUGGCUUCCCAGCUUUUGGAAACUUUCCAGAAAAUCUGGGAAAUGGAACACGUUCCGCUGUGGGUGCAUCCAUACAGGAUCUUGUGCUUGUCGGACGACAGCGGCCUCAUCGAGCCGAUCCUCAACACGGUGUCGCUGCACCAGGUGAAGAAGCACUGCCAGCUGUCGCUGCUGCAGUACUUCAUCAAGGAGUACGGCCCGAUGACGUCGGAGGGCUUCCUCACCGCGCAAAAGAACUUCGUGCAGAGCUGCGCGGCCUACUGCCUCAUCUGCUACCUCAUCCAAGUGAAGGAUCGGCACAACGGCAACAUCCUUCUGAAGAGCGACGGCCACCUCAUCCACAUCGACUUCGGCUUCAUCCUGUCGUCUUCCCCGAAAAAUCUCGGCUUCGAGAAGUCCCCCUUCAAGCUGACGCCCGAAUUCGUCGAGAUCAUGGGCGGCGAGAGCUCCGACAUGUUCGAGUACUUCAAGAUCCUGAUCCUGCAAGGUCUGAUCGCUGCCAGGAAGCACCACGGCAUGAUCGUCACCCUGGUGGAGAUCAUGAGAUCAGGCUCCCAACUGCCCUGCUUCAAAUCGGGCGCGUCGACCGUCCAGCACCUGAAGAACCGCUUCCACAUGACCAUGACGGAGGAGCAACUGCGGUUGGAGGUCAACCGCAUGGUGGAGGGCAGCAUCCAUUCCCUCUCCACCAAACUCUACGACGGCUUCCAAUACUUUACCAAUGGUAUCCGUUAA